CUGGGGCGGCAGGGCCAUUUAAGCCAAGUCGGGGGGCACUGAAGAGCCGGGCGGCAGGGGCUGGGAGAUACCCUGCCGCCCGAUUGCGUAUUGAUUCAAAGGUAGCAGCAGUAGCAGCCGCGGAGGCGGGGGAAUGAAGCGGGCGGCAGGGAGGUAUGCCGCCCGCUUACUUCAAGAAAUAUGGCGGCAUUCUUGAGGGGUAACGGUUGGGAGAAUGAGAAUGAGGGAAAGGCUCACAGAGGAUUCAAACAGAAGAAGAGGAAUGGAUCUCCUGCUUCUAAGCAUGGUGAACUGCAUACACUCACAAUCAAGGGUGGAAAGGAGAUGGUAGUAGAGAAAACUUUUCAUCCUUUCAACAGGAAGGUCUUCAGUUCUGCAUCCAGCCUUGAGCCUCGGAGGGAAAAGCAUACAGAAGAGAAACCAUACCAAUGCUUGGAAUGUGGGAAAAGCUUCAGCAAGAAAGGAAUUCUCAUUCAACAUGAAAGAAUCCACACAGGAGAGAAAACAAACAAAUGCUUGGAGUGCAGAAAGAACAUCAGUCAAAGUGCACAUCUCACUUUACAUCAAAGGAUUAACACCAGAGAGAAACCAUAUAGAUGCUUGGAGUGUGGAAAGUGCUUCAGUGUCAGUGCAAGCCUGAUUUCACACCAACGUAUUCACACAGGUGAUAAACUAUUUAAAUGUCUGGUGUGUGGAGAGAGCUUCAGCACCAGCACAAACCUGACUUCACAUCACACAGGAGAGAAACCAUAUACAUGCUUAGAGUGUGGAAAGAUACUACACAAACCUAAUUUCUCAUCAGAAGCUUCACGCUGGAGAAACCAUAUAAAUCCUUUGAAGUGUUAGAAUAUUGUUGAUUGGAUGCAAUUCUUUAUUCAUCACUGAAGUACCACUUUGCAUGUUGUAUAUCAAUUUCUGGAAAAGAGCUACAUUAAUCUGCUUUGAGGAAAAGAGCCCAAACCACAUCCACCUUAAAAGCUUACAUCUUAUUUGUGGUUUUGAUGUGAACAUGGUUUGUCCCUGGGUCCGCCUCUUAGUCAAUCAAACAGACUCAGUGGGAAUCAUUUAGAGGCUUUUAUUGCUACUGCAGUUUAGCAAUAGGUAAUCAAUGGGCUUACGCUCUCAAACCGCUUACAGUUUGGUUAUAGGUGCAUCUUAAAUUUAUACAAACAAUCUGAAUGAUGCUGACACCCUAGACAUAGUAUACGUGGCAAAAAAAUGGUGGUCUAAGUAUCUAGUACGCAUGCGAAUGAUUCAUUGUUUAUCUGGUGAUUACUCCUUAUUUGGUUAUAUCCUGUUUUCUUAUCUGUCAGCGAAGAACACUGAGAACCUUGUGAGAACCAAGUUUCAUAGACACAAUUUAGUGGAGAGAGAUAAUGACUCCAGUCAUGAGAGGCAGUGAUAUCCCUGAGCUGGGCUGGGGUUACUUUAAGUUAGAAUGUGGUAUUCUGGGCAAACAUGGAGUUUCUUUGGUUUUCUAAACACAUCAGUUUGAGCUUCUAAGGAGUGCAUCUGACAAAAGUAGGGUCUAGCUUAUAAAGGGCAAUACUUCUCUCUUUGGUGCCAGUUCAGCAUUGAAGCACGCAUCCAGUCGUCUUCUCUGAAAAAGUGAUCAUAGCAUCGAUAUUACCUAUUGAUGUUCACCCACUUUAGUUGUUUUUUCGGCCUCUUAUCCCUUCUCUCUUUUUUUAAAGAGAAGUAAAGGGUAUGACCCCACUCCCUCAGAAAGGCAGGCCUCCUCUCUCUAUCACAAAGUAGCAGCAUAAUACUUCGUGAUGGUAUUUGUGGCCUUAAACCAUGGUGACCAUACUCUCCUCCGCCUGCUUGUCUAAGAAUUGUUUCAGCUUUAGCAGCUUCAGUUCAGAGUCGUAUUUGGAUGACCUGCAGAAUAGUUGCUUGGAGGAAACCUCCCCCUAUACUGCCUCAGGAGGGAAAUAUGGAGUCAUACCAGAGGCAUUGCUAGAUGCUGAAAAGAUCUGGGGCCUAGGCCCACGGCCACUCUCCCCUUUUUGAGAAUGAACUCUUUUCAUGUCCCCAAAAGGAAUGCAAAACUCUCUUCUAGUUCUCAAAACCAUUAAAAAUCAGGACCUUUUAAAAAAAUGUCUGGUUUGUUUGGGGCAGGAAAGUGCUCUGGUCCUGGUCACUGGCUCCACUGGUGGGUUGAAAAGAGAGAGGAGGUGAAGAGGGGCAAA